CCCAAAUAUAUGAAAGACGAACGAUUGAGGAGCAACAGCAGCUCAGCAAGGAGGACGGCAGAGCUUAACAAUGUCGCAGUUCUGGAAACCAGGCACCGAGAAGCCUCGCAUCCUCGACGACGAGGAAGGCGGUGUGCUUUUCUUGUCAUCCUCUUUCUCCUCCUCGGCUUCUGGAUAUGGGUUUGCGAAUAUUGAGAAACAGAGGCAGAGACUACCAGUGUACAAGUACCGAACAGCUAUUCUCUAUUUGGUGGAGACUCACGCUACUACCAUCAUUGUUGGUGAAACGGGUAGUGGCAAAACCACUCAAAUCCCACAGUACCUUAAAGAGGCAGGUUGGGCUGAUGGUGGACGUGUUAUAGCUUGCACCCAACCCAGACGAUUAGCUGUCCAGGCAGUUGCUUCAAGGGUGGCUGAAGAGAUGAGUGUCAAGCUUGGAGAAGAAGUUGGCUACACAAUUCGUUUUGAAGAUAUAACAGAUGCAGAUGCUACUAGGAUAAAAUUUCUUACCGAUGGAGUGUUACUAAGAGAAAUGAUGGAUGAUCCUCUUUUGACUAAGUACAGUGUCAUUAUGGUUGAUGAGGCUCAUGAGAGGUCUAUUUCAACAGAUAUUUUGCUGGGUCUUCUGAAAAAGAUCCAAAGGCGUCGACCAGAGUUACGCCUGAUUAUAUCUUCUGCUACAAUUGAAGCAAGAUCCAUGUCUGAUUUCUUCCGGUCCAGCAAAAAGCAUCAAGGGCUAGAAAGUGAGGAUCUAGGGCCAAGUAUGGAGCCUGCUAUCCUUUCAGUUGAGGGUAGGGGGUUUAACGUGCAAAUUCAUUAUGUGGAGGAGCCCGUCCAAGACUAUGUUCAAGCUUCUGUUUCAACAGUAUUGCUGAUUAAUGAUCAGGAGCCAGCGGGUGAUAUUCUGGUAUUUCUUACUGGUCAAGAUGAUAUUGAUGCUGUGGUCAAGAUGCUUACUGAAGAAACUCAAAACAGUAGAAAGAACUCUUCAGGAUUAAUUGUUCUGCCUUUGUACUCUGGACUUUCACGUUCAGAACAGGAUUUGAUUUUUUCCCCAACUCCUAGAGGUAAGAGGAAAGUGGUGAUAUCAACCAAUAUCGCAGAGACAUCAUUGACUUUGGAGGGCAUUGUCUAUGUUGUUGAUAGUGGGUUCUCAAAGCAGCGGUUCUACAAUCCGAUCUCAGACAUUGAAAAUCUGGUGGUGGCACCAAUAUCCAAGGCAUCUGCCAGGCAAAGAGCUGGCAGGGCUGGGAGAAUUCGACCUGGGAAGUGUUACAGAUUGUAUACAGAGGAGUAUUUUAUGAAUGAAAUGUCUGCUGAAGGAAUCCCAGAGAUUCAGAGAUCAAAUCUUGUUGAUUGUGUGAUUCAGUUAAAAGCCUUAGGGAUAGAUAAUAUAUUGGGCUUUGACUGGCCAGCAUCUCCAUCUCCUGAAGCAAUGAUUCGAGCACUUGAAGUGCUUUAUUCACUUGGAGUCCUCGAUAAUGAUGCCAAACUUACUUCCCCUGUUGGGUUUCAAGUUGCAGAAAUUCCAUUAGAACCUAUGAUCUCAAAAAUGAUUUUAGCUUCAAGUGAACUUGGGUGUUCAGAGGAAGCCAUUACUAUUGCUGCUGUUCUCUCCAUCCAAUCUAUUUGGUUUUCUGGUAGGGGAGUACAAAAGCAACUAGAUGAAGCCAAGUUAAGAUUCGCUGCUGCAGAGGGUGACCAUGUUACCUUUCUGAAUAUUUACAAAGGAUUUCUCCACUCGGGCAAAUCAUCACAGUGGUGUCAUAAGAACUUUAUAAACUACCAUGCUAUGAAAAAAGUAAUGGAAAUUAGGGAACAACUCAGAAGAAUAACUCUGAGAUUAGGCAUAGUAUUAAAAUCUUCUGAAGGAGAUAUGCAGGUAGUGAGAAAAGCUGUUACUGCUGGUUUUUUUGCUAAUGCAUGUCGAUUAGAGCCCUUCAGUCAUAAUGGGAUGUACAAGACCAUCAGAGGUUCACAAGAAGUUUAUAUCCAUCCAUCUUCUGUACUAUUCAGGGUCAAUCCGAAGUGGGUUGUAUACCAUUCUGUUGUUUCCACCGACCGGCAAUACAUGCGCAAUGUCAUCACCAUUGAUCCCUCUUGGUUAACAGAAGCUGCUCCGCAUUUUUACCAGCAGCAACGCCAGAAUCCCAUGUAGGAAUAUAUUAUUAUUCUCCACAUGUAUUUUUGAAUGCUCUCUAGGAAUGCAUGAGCAGAUUAAGUGAUUUUAUCUUCUAAACGAUUUAGUCAAAUCUGUGAUGAGGCUGGCCGUCUUGUGGAACAAUUUUUUCUCCUUUUUUUUUUUUUUUUUCUGAAAAUUAAAGCAAAUCAUUUACU